GUCCAAGAUUUGUCCCUGUGGGACUUCAGGAUGAACAGGUAGCUUUGUUUCGCCGUCCUUGGCACAGAUGUGGAGGAACAAACAGAGCCAGUCACAGCAUUCUCAGCUCAGCAGUGAAAACUGUGCUUUUACUGAGGUAGAAGAUGACGGGUAUCCUGCAGUUUCUUUGUACGCUUCUAUUUUCCUCCCUCGUGGUUGCUCUUCCCCCGGGGGCUGUGGUGGAUGUGGACUCGAAUAACCAUGAGGUGCAAGCCUGCGCCUCCUUCGCCCUGGGGAGCUUCAAUGAAUUCAACAAGGACCCCCACCUCUAUGUCAUCACCAAGUUUUUCUCUGUUAAGAUGGCUAACAUUGGUGGGGGUGAGUACAACAUGGAGGUAGAGGUGAGGAAGACAAAGUGCCUGAAGGGAAGCAAAGCAGAUCCCAGCUCCUGCAAUGCCCUGAUCGAUCCUGAAGCCAAGCCACUCCGUUGCAACUUUGUUGUCCUGAGUACUCCAUGGAAAGACAUGAGGACCCUGAUCCAGAGUUCCUGCGCACCCUGAUCCAGACCAGAUUCAAGCACAAUCACUGCAUCUACAAAAUAUUUCAAGCUGUGACAAUUCAGAUUUUCCUUUUCUGUGCCUGUCUGGCCACACACUGUUGGGUGUACGGAACAUUUCCACACCCCCCACCCCCAGUGAUCACCCCCUUUCAACAAAAUGUAUCAUGGUUUCUAUUGUGAUUUUUCUAUUCUCUUUAAGAGAAGGAUGGUUUCCUGAUUCUGUGAUAAACCUAUUCAUGAGAA